ACACAAGACAUCAUCAGUAAAUUGUUUGUUUUAGAUUGCAUUUUCAGUCAGUCUCCUAACAAAGAAAAAAAAGUCUCCUAACAAAGAGAUGAUUCUGCAGAUCACUACUAGCUUCACAUUACCUUUUCAAGCUACAACCACCAUAACCAAGUACUACUACCUCAAGAAUCUGAAUCUGAAUUCUACUAGUGCUGAUCCUGCUUUGGUGUCCAAAACCCUCUUUCCUAAUAAUAAUAAUAAUCAUGGAGGGGGAAGUGGGAUGUGUUUGGGUAGGAGGAGUGGAUUACCCAACACCAGAAGAGGAGGAGGAGUACAUGCUUCCUUGCUCGAGACCCCUCUUCUGUGGGCUGGCAGGCUUUGCAUCUUUUAUGCCCUCCUAAAGGCUGGUUUGGCUGGAUCUCCAUCAAACCCACUUGUCUCUGUCUCUGUCUCAGAUUUGGAAGCUGGUUCUGACGAUCUGGGUUUCUCUAAAUGGAUUGAGGAGAUCCAAGGCAACCCAGCAGAUAAGCAAGCUGCUGACAGAAGGAAACUAGUAAGCAAAUGGCAUCCCACGACCAAGGGUACAUUGAAGCGGAAUUACAGAGUACCUUCCAAAUCAGAAGGGCGGCACCUUCUUAAAUCCAUUGCAUCUUUGCUAUCAGAUGAUGAUAAAUUCAGAGAUGCCACUUCCCACAAGGGUUGCCAGAUUAGGAGGGAGAGCGCUCAUGGAGAGAGUGUGUGUUGUAACAACGUGAGAGCUUUGUUUGAUGAGCUCCCAACUCCACACUUGGUUGUGGAAAUCACUCCUUUUCCUGCUGGUCCUCUCACAGAAAAUGAUUAUGACAAGGCCGAGAAACUAGAGAGGGUGCUUAGGUCUGGUCCUUGUGUUUGAAUCAUACUUUUUUUGUGUGUGUUGUGUAUUGUUGAAUCCAUCACCUGUAUAUAGUAGUAUAUAUCAUGAGAAAGGUCUAACUGAAUUUUCAUAGCUACCUCUUGACGGGACUGAUGUAUUUAUUGCCCUUUUAAAGUUUAUUUAGAGCCUAAUAAGAUAACUUAAGGCUUGGUUCUUGGUUUUGCUUCA